GCGGGCACGGACAUACGCUCUCGCGCAUCGAGUCGCUCCCGCAGCUGGUGAAUAGGAUGUCGCCGCUGCUCUCGUCCGCGUCGUCCAACUCUCCUGGGUCCGGCCACGCCGCCUCGUACGAACGCGAGCGCGACAGGGACAGGGACUCUAUCACGCUGCCGCCCACGCCGCUCUCCGCCGACCCGCGCCACGGGCCGGCGAGUAAGAUGACCUUCGUAACUCAAUGAACAAAGGGGGGGGGGAUUACCUGACCACGUUUGGUUCCUUCAUGAAACAUCAGCAGAACAAUCUCCGAUCUGCUCUCAGAAAUUUCGUAUUAAAGCCUGCAACUCCUAUUUUUUCUCCUAUUUUCUCCAUUUCAUUUCGCUCGGUAUCCUGCGGUCGGCUACAGGGGUACAAGAUCCCUAACUAGCUUGCUUCCCUUUUAGUCCUAUUUAUCUGCUUUGCGCGUUGAUGAUCACUAUGCCCUGCCUGUCCCACGGACAUUCCGCCUUCGCCAUAAUUGCCUCGCUUCUCAUCGUAUCAGUAUUUGACCAGCACCAGUACCCUCCGCGUGGCGUCCCACUUCCUGUGGUCGCCCGCGUGUACAGUACCUCCGUCUGUAUACAUGGUUCCCGGAGUGUCCGAGUACUCCAAGUAGGUUACUUAGUUCGCUGUUAGUGCAUCGCUCUACCGUACCGCCCUCGGGCGUCGUCCUGCGGGCGUGCAUCCGCUUAAUCUCCCACCCAGCCCCCUUCUAUUCCGUGUACCUGUACAAUAAGUAUUUUUUUUCCGCGCCUUGUC